AUGUCAAAGGAUUUGGUCCUAAUAGGCAAUCAAGCACCAUCGUUGCACACAAUCAAGCUCAAAUUCAUCGAAAACCUGCGCACAGAGCAUUGCGUCUAUGAGCUCCCAGACUCCCAUCCCAUUCUUAAAGGGUUUGAGAAACGAGAACUCAAGGAUAGGGUUCCCUACUUGUUAGCUAUUUGGACGUCAGGUGAAACAGCCAGUUCGAUUAAACCUCCUAAACGAAUAUGUGUUUCCCAAGGAAGCAAUACAUUGUGUCACGAAAAGACAUGUUUUUCAUGCAACAACAUCCGUGAAGAAAACUCACAAGUAGUUCGAGGAACUAUAUUGGUUUUUGCUGACCAUAGAUCUAGUAUUAAUCCCAUUUGUGUCUCAAGAGCUUCGAUAGGGAACCUUAGAAGAGGAAUCGUGUACUUUGGAUCCUCUGUUAGCGCCUGUUUUGGAGGUACAUUUCCAAAACAAGUAUCAGCUUGUGCAUUUGUGAUAUGUGCAGGAUAUGUAUGUGUAAGGGGUUUUGACCGGAAGAACAGGAAAUCAAAAACUCUAGUGAGAAGACUGCAUUGCCCACCCAGCAACAAGAAGAAAGACGACCAUGAGGGAAACCAUCAAGAUUUGUAUUAA